UGGUCUUGAGUUUCUACUUUCUAUUGUCGUCUGGGUUCUCAGAACCGCGGCAAUGUUUCAGGUACCUAUUCACUGUUCUCAUGCGCCUUGCCUCCUACCUAACACCUUUGCAGCGCCUUCGCGACGCCAUCGACUCUCGCAUCGCAGAGGAACAAGCCCGCCAAAAGUCCGCUCAGGAUAAUAUCGAGCGCUCCAACUCUGCUCGCCGUCCCGGACGCAACCAGUCCCCGAGUCGGCGCUCCCGUCCAAGACGCAACACCGGUACCCCCGUUCGAGGACCCGACCCUAAGGAGUUUGAGGCUGAAUUCACCAUCGGGGAUGACGAUGAAUCUAGCAGGUCCGGUACUCCUCAAACAGACACUCCAGAAGCUGCCUCGGAGGUAAGCGCCUCUAACGAGGGAGAGAGCGGGAUGGUCGAAGGCAAACAGACAGAGACGCUCCGGAAAGAGAUGGGAGAGGAGAAAGAGGUCAAAGAGACACCAGUUGUGCUUCCGCCUGAUGUUCGCGCUAAACUCCGACGACUUGAUAAGCUGGAGUCCCGAUACCAUGAAUUGCUCAAAGCUUACCGCACCGCUCACUCCCGCGUCCUAUCCAUUGAGCCCUUCGAAGCUGCUCUGCGCGAAAACACCCCGCUCACUUCGAUUGGCGAACCCAAAGCUUUCACGGAAUACCUCAAUCAAUCAAGCUUGAAAAGCGACAUGGUUAUGGAAGAGCUGAAGCGCGUCACCGAAGAAAGAGAAGAUUUCAGAAAGAAGUAUGAAGCAGCACAAAAGGCUACCAAGGAUGCCCUGGAUGAAGUUGCUGGCCUCAAACAGGAGAAACCCCAGACCGGGACAACUAAGGGGACAGACGGAACCGAGGAGCAAGCUAGUGAAGAGUUCUUUUCAUUCGAUAAUGAAAUUCCCCGAUUGGAAGGCGAACUGAAGGAGAAGAAAGAAGAGGUUGAGAACCUGAAAACCGAGGUCGAAAAGCUUAAGCGUGAUAUGUCUGUCACCCGCGAGUCGACCGAAGGCAUGGUGCAGAAUUUGGAGACAGCUACCCGUGAGCUCGUUGAGCUGCGCGAAACCAAGGAUAAUCUGGAUGCUGAAAUUGAGACUCUGCAAACCUCUAAGAAGGCCGAUGUUGAUGAUCUGAAGGCGAAGCUUGCAACUGCGGAAUCCUCUAUCAAAUCCACCACAUCCGAGGUUGAGAAGCUCAAGUCGCAGGUCAAAGAGAAGAGCGAGGAAAUCGAAAAGCUCCAGAAGCAAGCUUCCGAAAGAACCGAACCUAAUUUAGACCUUGCUGCUGAGUUGGAGACGACUAAGGAGGAAAAGAAAUCGGACGAGAAAAAGCUCGUUGUGCUCCAGGGCUUAGUUGACAGUCUCCGAUCUCAGCUUAAGGAAACCGAGUCUACCGUUUUGAAACUGAAGACCGAGGACGACGAGCGGUGUGAAAGUUAUGCCAAACUACAAGAUAUUUUCGACUUUAUGGAUGGCAACUUGAAAGAAAACACGACGUGGGUAUCUGCUAAGGAGAAAAUCUUCGCUGGAGAGCUAGCCGACUUCAGUGAGGUUGUCAAGUCCCUAGCGCCGGCCAAGGAAGAGCCUACUGCUGCUGCUCCUGCUCCUGUCUCUGCCCCCACCCAAGGAGAAACACAGCCUGCUCAAGCUACUGGUGGUGGCGGCAGUGGAGGGAAAAAGAAGAACAAGAAGAAGAAGAAGGGUGGCAAAGCGGAGGCACCUUCUACCCCAGCCGAUGCACCUCCUGCAGAGCAAUCGCCCCCAGAGGCGCCUGUCACAGCUACCAAAGAGCUGGAUGAACUCAAGCAAAAGAUUGAAUCCCUCACCCAGCAAUUGUCUGAAAAGGAGGCCGCCAUCGAUCGACUCAGUUCUAAGCUGAAGGGCGAGAGCAAUUUGAAGGAGGAGAUCGAGUCCCUGCGCGACGACCUUGUCAGCAUCGGCCAGGAGCAUGUGGAAGCGAAGGAUAAAAUCAAGGAGCUUUCAGCAGAAAAGACUUCCCUUGAAGAAACUAUCAAUAAGCUCGAGAAGGAAUUGGUCGAACUCCGCACUAGCAACGCGACCGCAGCUGAGUCGGAGAAGGCGCACACCUCACUUAAAGAGGAAUUCAAUAACCUCAAGGCACGCUCUGCUACCUUGGAGACCGAUCUUUCUGCUGCCCAGCAGCUGGCUGCCACUCGCUUCAAGGACCUGACAGACCUCCGUGAGACUCUUCAGAAAGUUCAGCCCGAGCUGCGCAGCCUACGUGCUGAGUCUUCGGAGUUAAAAACCCUGAAAGAAACCCUCACCAGCAAAAAUUCCGACUUAAAGACCCUUGAGGCCAAGCAUGAGGAUCUGCGUGCUGAGCUGAAGACCUCCAGGUCGAAACUUUCAGAGCGUGACACAGAAGUGGACACUCUCAACAAGAAGAUCGGACAGGAGACCGAAAGCCGAUUGAAGGCCGAAGAAGACCUUGCUGUUACCCAAUCUAACCUGCGCACUGCUGAGAGCAAAAAGCAAGAUGCUAUCAAUGCCAGAGACAAGACUACCGGCGACCUCUCCAGGGCCCAGGAAGGGUUGAAGAGUACUCGCGCCAAGAUGCGGGAGAUGGAUGAGCAGAUUUCUCAGCUGAACAAGGAACUCGGAAGCCUCCGAGACGAGAUCCAGCUAAAGACAGCUCAGCACAGUAGCGCGCAGAGCCUGAUGAACAGCAUGCGUGACCAGACCACAGAAGUUGCAAUGCAAAUGAAGGAGGCCCGUGAGCGGUGCGAGAGCUUGGAUGAAGAAUUGGCUGACGCUCACCGUCUACUAAGUGAGCGAACCCGCGAAGGCGAGACCAUGCGUCGUCUGCUCAAUGAUAUCGAGGGUCGUUCGGAGUCCAAGGUGCGAGACUUUAAGGAACGCAUGGAGGCUGCUAUCGAAGAGCGAGACCGCAUCGAAGAUGAGGCAAGCACCCAAGGUCGACGCCGUGCUCGCGAGGUGGAAGAACUCAAGGGUAAGGUCCGCGAAGCCGAGCGCGCCCUGCGCACGGUAGAGCAGGACAAGGAGGAGCUUGAGCAGUCCCAAAAGGACUGGCGCCGCCGUCGUGAUGAGCUUGAGUCAGUAUCUGAAAAGUCAUCACAGGAAGUGACAGAGAUUCGACAGGCCAUGGCUGGUCUACGCGAUGCCCUCGACGAAAGCGAGAAGCAAAUUCGCGAUCUUGAAAAGGACAAGGCAGAGCUUCGUCGCUCAGUGGAGGAGACAAACAGCCGACUGGAGAAGCUUCGAAGAUCCCACAAAACUCUUGGAGAGGAUGUUCGCUUGCGUGGCUCCCUGUCUCAACAAUCCUCGCGGUCAUCUCUGGAUUCAGGCUCUCGCCGGGCAGUUGUAUCUCCUGGCAGGAGCGAGUCUGUUGCCGGCCCACCCAGCAAUGCAUCUAUUGACUACAUGUACUUGAAGAAUGUCCUUCUCCAAUUUUUGGAACAGAAGGACAAGAACUAUCAGAAGCAGCUGAUCCCUGUUCUGGGAAUGUUACUCCAUUUCGAUCGGCACACCCCAACUAACGCCAAGUACUCUGUAGAUGUCCCCCUCAUCCUUCAGUUCAUCUGUGAACUAGCCGACUACGAAAAAGCCCUCCAUGAAGUCGAAGCCACCGAAGAAUCCCUCUUAGCAACCCUCUCCUUCCCCGAUACCCCGCCUCGGCGCGGCGCUGUCUACACAGCUCUCAUAACCCCGCCAGCCACAGCCGAGACUCCGAACCCAACCCCCGUCGGCAUGGCCAUGUACUUCUACAACUACUCAACCUGGCGAUCUGCUCCUGGUAUCUACCUCGAGGAUCUGUAUGUGCAGCCUAGCGCGCGGGGUAGCGGGUACGGCUUCAAGUUGCUUAAGUACCUUGCUAAGCAGGUGCUUGAGGCGUCGGGUCGGCGGUUGGAGUGGAGUGUGCUCACCUGGAACGAGCCUAGUAUUAAAUUCUAUGAGCAGGCUGGUGCGCGCGGUAUGGACGAGUGGAUGAAGAUGAUGGUUGAGGGAGAUGCGUUGACUCGUUUGGCGCAGGAUGUAUAG